AUGGCUCUGGAUCCGCGAUUAAUGCCAGGUGUGGCAUCGGAAAUGCGCUUGAGAUCAUCUGCUUCUACACCAUCAUUGCGAUCGAGGGAGGGUAGUGUUACGCCAAUGGGCAGAAUGGAUGCGCCGGGAGGCAAUGUUAGAGUCGUGGUGAGAGUUAGAGGCUUCCUUCCUAGAGAAACCGCGCGGGGUGCAGAAUGCCUCAUUGAGAUGAAUCCCAACAAUCAAGCGACGACCCUUCUUGUUCCCAACGAUUCAGAUCCUGCAAAUUCGCGGUCGAAGACGCGUAAAGUUAUCGAGGAGAAGGCCUUUACUUUUGACAAUUCAUUCUGGAGUCACGAUAAGAAGGACGAGCAUUAUGCCCACCAGGAGGAUGUCUACAACUGUUUGGGAGAGGAAUUCUUGGAUCACAACUUCGAGGGAUAUCACACAUGCAUUUUUGCGUAUGGCCAGACUGGCUCUGGUAAGAGUUAUACUAUGAUGGGUACGCCCGAUGAACCCGGAUUGAUUCCGAGGACCUGCGAGGACCUCUUUCAGCGAAUUGAGGCAGCACAUAACGAGACACCCAACAUAUCAUACAACGUCCGAGUCUCCUAUUUCGAAGUUUACAAUGAGCACGUCCGUGACCUACUAGUACCCGUCAACCCAAACCAGCCUCCGUACUACCUCAAAAUACGAGAAUCGCCCACGGAAGGACCUUAUAUCAAGGAUCUGACUGAUGCUCCGGUCAAGAACAUCUCCGAGAUUAUGCGACAUAUGAAGAUAGGAGAUGCAAGCCGUACAACAGCGAGCACGAAGAUGAACGACACAAGUAGCAGAAGUCACUCAGUCUUCACCAUUAUGCUCAAGCAAAUUCAUCACGACAUGGAUACCGAUGAGACCACAGAGCGUAUGGCCCGGAUUCGGCUUGUGGAUCUUGCUGGAAGUGAACGAGCAAAGGCUACGGAGGCCACCGGUGCACGUCUCCGUGAAGGAAGCAAUAUCAACAAAUCCCUCACUACACUCGGACGAGUAAUCGCCGCCCUCGCAGACCCAAAACAACAGCGUCCCGGCAAGCGAAACAAGGAUGUUGUGCCAUACCGAGACUCGAUCCUCACCUGGCUGCUCAAGGAUUCGUUGGGAGGAAAUAGUAAAACGGCCAUGAUUGCUUGUAUCGCCCCUUCAGACUACGACGAAACGCUGUCUACCCUCCGGUACGCAGACCAAGCGAAGAGGAUCCGAACCCGAGCCAUUGUCAACCAAGAUCACGUCUCAGCCGCUGAGCGUGAUGCUCAAAUUGCUGCCAUGGCCGAAGAGAUUCGGGUACUGCAACUCAGCGUCACGGAUACCAGACGCCGAGAGAAGGAAGGCAAAGAGCAGGAAGAGAAACUGGAAGAGUACCAGAAUAGAGUUGUCACUAUGCAGCGGAUGAUGGAAGAGAGGAGUAUGGUUGCCGAGGGCAAGAUCCGAAAUCUACAGACGGAAAACGAUGCGUUGAGGCUGCAUUUGAAACUUGCGCUCGAUAGUCUGAAGAACCCAAUCGAGGUGAAAAGUGCAAGAAGCAGUGUGCAGGGAGGGAGUAGGAACGGGAGCAUGUUUCCAGAUGCUGCACAGGAUGUGAAUAAAGAGAACCAGAUCCAUGACGAGACGGAUGAUUUGACAGAAGUUCCUGAUGAUGAAUACGGCGAUGAUGACGAAGGUAUCGAUGUCACUGCCCAUGAAGAGAGAGCGGAUGAGGUUCAAGGGUUUAUGAAGGAGUUGCUGUCUGACUUAGGUAUGUUCAAGAAGAAAAUCGGGGAUGAUAAAGCUCGGUUCAUGCAACCUUUGGGAGAGCGAGUCAACUGA